AUGGGCUCCAUGUGGGACCCUGGAGCAACUGGAAAGAAGGCAGUGCACCAGAACAUCAAAUGUCCCAGCACUGCGUACACCAUGUACAGAUCUAUAACAUUUGUGACCCUGGAGCACAAAACCAGUCAUAAUGCUAAAGGCCGACUAAGAGAAUUCCAACUAAUAAAUGAAAGAUUCACCAGAACUCUUGCAGUGAAUGCAUGCCAAACAAACUUCACUGACCUCGCCACAGUUUAUGACCAACAAGACAAUAUACAAUUAAGGACACUGCUCAUUAAUGCUACUGGUCCACGUAGUGGAUGGAUCGGUGCUUUUAUAGGAAAUAGUAGCCGUAAUAAAUGGUCAAAUGGUGAUGAUGUCACAUUUCGCAGAAACACUACAAGUCAUGCGGUAUCACGCUGCGCUGCUAUGACUUCAAAUGGAGGCUGGGAAUUUCUCACAUGUAAUGAGACAAGACACUUCAUGUGUUAUAAGCAAGAUGUUGAGCGAGCAUACAGAUUAAUCCUUCGAAAGAAAACCUGGUUUGAGGCUCAGCUGUACUGCAGAGAGAAUCACACUGAUUUAGUCAGCAUCAGAAAUGAAGAGGAAAAUGAACAGGUGCAGGAAGACGGAAACGAGAGUAGGAGUCCUUUCUGGAUCGGCCUGCUGGAGGACAGAGUGGAAUGGUCUGAUAGAGGACAAUCGGCUUACAGAAACUAUGCAGACAGAGAGGGCAGUGGAGAAUUUAUGCACAUGUUUCAAGGUGGGAGUUGGUGGAAGAGUAGAGACGACAAUGAAAGAAGCAACAAGUAG